UUAAGCAUAGCGAGCUCACAGGUACAUGGUAAUACGAUGAAACAGAUUUAAGCAUGGCGAGCCUAUUCAGACACCAAGAACCGUGUAAAGAGUAACAUAAGGUUGAGAUUGAGUAUUCAAUUUAAAUUUCAAUGGUUAAUCAAGUUACACUCACACAUUAGGCCAAUUGAAGUCAAAGAACAUGUUAGCAAUACAAUGUCAGAAGUUUUCUGAUUUGUUUAACUAAUAAUUUUUACAAACAGCAGUCAACAGAGUAUACAACAACACAAAAAGUGGAAGGCUCCAUUGUACCCAUUUCGCUGAUAGUGGAAGUUGGAGUGGACUGUGGACCGGUCGAUCCCAUGGCUUUUACUCCUCACGUUGAAGAGAUUUUCCACGUAAAUCAUUAUGUCUCCUGUGCAUAUGUGAUUGUGUUUAUUUCGUUGCUUACUUGUUGGUUGAAGCUAUCAUCGAAGUUCAAUACAAGUUAAGAGGACUGUUGUUUGUUUUAUUGUUGUCCAGGCCCCAACAUAUAAAAUCCACUAGUCAUGUGACGACGCCAGCUGUAGUUAUCAUCGCUAACCAUAUGCGUACAUGGGGAUUAACGGACGAGCUUGCAAUGAAUUGACCUGUCACUUUUGUGCAGGCAUGUCUGCAAUGCAAGACUGCAACUGAUUGAGUGAGAGCGUGAGAUGGGUAUUUCAGGUGCUGUGGAAUGGUGGGAGGAGUGGCAGCUGCGCAUCCUUGUCCUGGGCAGCCUCUUCGUUCAGUGGCUCCUCUUCCUCUCAUCGGCCCUGCGUAAGCUUGCUAUUCCUUCCUGGUUCAGAUCCGUAAUAUGGCUCGCAUACUUAGGCAGCGACACUCUGGCCAUAUACGCCCUUGCCAUCCUCUUCGGCCGCCAAAGGAGGCAAGAUUGUGACUCUGGGCAAAGCAAUAGCAUUCUGGAGGUGGUGUGGGCGCCGGUUCUCCUAACGCACCUUGGUGGGCAGGAUCUCAUAACUGCCUACAACAUCGAAGAUAACGAAUUAUGGACACGGCACGUUCUCACUGCCAUGUCCCAGGUCACCGUAGCCAUCUAUGUGUUCUGUAAAUCAUGGCCUGGCAGCGACAAGAGGUUGUUGCAGGCAGCGAUAUUGUUCUUCGUCCCUGGGAUCCUCAAAUGCAUAGAGAAGCCCUGGGCUCUCAAGAGCGCUAGCAUUAACAGCCUAGUCAACUCAUCCUGUCCUGCUCCGAGGAGGACCACAGACAGAGAAGGCGAGAUCAAUUCGCUUCAAGACUACGUGCAAAAAGCAAGGGCUUUUGUCCAGAGCAACCCUCGCCAUCAAGCACAAGAGAGUGAUGCAGUGGACCUUGAGGCGGCAAACCAUCUGUCUCAAUCACAAGGAGAAGACAACGUGGUGGACUUUGAGGCCGGCCAUCAACCUCUAGCACAAGGAGAAGCUGCCGCAGUGGAUCUUGAGCACGACCACCAUCCUCAGACCUCGAGCACAUGGAGAGGCCGCCUAAACAAAUUAAAGGAAACACUGAUAAGCCUUGAAAACCAACAAAAGGAAAAAAGAGCAAGCCGACUUGACAAGUAUAAUGUGGACCUUGAGGCCUAUAAGCUAUUUCUGGACCUGGCAUCACCGUAUCCUGAUCGGCUUGGUAUCCUAAAAUCUUUCUGGGUGCUUGAUGAAAAACGAGCAUAUGCUUUGUUGCAAAAUAGGCUAUUCGGCGCGUUCGAUCUUCUCUAUACCAAAAGAAAAAUGCUCAGCUUAUGGGAAGCCGGAAGCAUAUCAGGGCAAUUUUCUGGCUGCAUACGGCUAUUAGUUUGUUUUCUGCCAUGGGCAGCCAUCGGCCUCUUCGACAAGAGUCACAAAGAAGCUUACGAUGUUAACGAUGUGAAGGUUACAUAUGUCUUGUUCUGUUGCACAGCACUGCUGGAGUUUUCCAGUGUGUCCUUGAUUAUAGAUGUUAUUGCUUCUUCAAGUUAUGGGGGAUUCAGUUUGGGACCUAUUGUUGCUGGCCUAUACGAACAGGCAAAAAGAAAGGCUAUGCGAUGGCUAUGGGUAGUAAAAGUGCGGGCCCUGUAUGCACAGUUGGAUACCCUGUUCCAGUGGCAAUGGCUGAAAGCAGUAUCUGUCAUAAAUACUGACACACCAAUACUUAGCUCUAUUAUUGACCAACUAAGAUGUGCCCUGAGUAAGGACGUACUCAAACAUAGCUUCAUAGGUCAAUAUGCACUGGUAGGAUUCUUUGCUCGCAACAAAAGGCACACAGGGAAGAUGUGCAUCUUGAAUUUUUUUAAUUGCAAGGACUUUGUUGACCAGCAUUGGUCCAUGAAGUCCUGCAACUCAUCCUUUGCCAUUAUAGGUUUGGUUCUUAAGUAUGUGAAAAAAGGGUGGGGAGAUCAAAUGAAGAAUGCUGACAGUUACGGGAAGUUCAACGAUCGCAGGGGCCAAUGGGCUCUUCAGGCCAACAAAUGCGACCAAGCCCUGAGUUUCAUCUUAAUGAAGCCAUUCGAUGAGUGUGUCCUUCUCUGGCACAUCGCCACAGAUUUCUGCUUCUACUUCUUGGGCGCUUCAGCUGAUCACCUAUGUGUCACGGCUCAGUGUGAGCAAGAUUAUGCCUCUGGUCAAAGCCAUGGAUGUGUUGUGUGGUGUGAAAAAUCUCCUCAUCACGAAAGAGCCGUUCGGUGCAGGGAAAUAUCCAACUACAUGAUGUAUCUACUGUUUGUCAAUCCUGAGAUGCUACUGGCAGGCACCAGGCGGAAUCUGUUCGUGACUGCCAAUGCUGAAGUUGAGGAGAUUCUCAAGGAUGACAAGGCAUUGCUGAAGAUUCUUAAGGCCAGAAAGCCAUGGCUCAAGGAGAUGCUUCGGAGCGAAAAUUUAACAAUCUCGACGAUCCUCGAUGGCGGCGUGUGCAGGGAAAUCCACAAGGCCGAAAAGAAAUGGCUCAAGGAGAUUGAAAGAGAAGUUGUGCACAGAAUAAUCGCCAAGGUGCUGCAGGCCACGGAACAAAGAGCAGCUUUAGGAUACACAGAAUCACCAACGGAUGCAGAGAUUUAUCCAAGUAUGCAAGAAGGUUUUAUCCAUGAUUCAUGGAAGCUUGCUAAUCCGUUGCUUGAUAUAGGCGAUGAGAAGACAAUGUGGGGAGUGAUUGAAGGCGUGUGGGUAGAGAUGCUCUGCUUCUCGGCCAGUAGGUGCCGAGGGUACCUGCACGCCAAGAGUUUGGGCACCGGCGGGGAGCUGCUCACAUAUGUCUGGCUCCUGCUGUCGCAUAUGGGGAUGGAGACCUUGCCAGAGAGGCUGCAGAGGCCAGAGGUUUCAAGUGGAGAAGGAAAUCCCGCGGCUGCUCUGUCGAAUUCCCAGAUAUAUGGGAUCCAAUACCCAACACGCUUCAGACGCUGGAGGCCUGAUGAAGAAGCUGGUGCUGCUGGGGCAUCUACCUCUCAACCCCAAGAAAUACUACCAGCUGAAUAAUCUGAGAAAUUACUAUCUCUGUAUUGUCUGAGCAAUUACUAUCUUUGUAUUGGUACAUGGAAUUAUGGAAAUUGUCCCGUCUCUGCAUUACCCAUCUGCCAUUCCAUUCCUUCAUUUCUUCAUUUGCAGCAGAUCUUUUGUGCCGAGCUUAACAUAAUACUCCAGAACUGCUCUAUUAUUUUUCUAUUAUUUUGUGCCGAGCUUAACAUAAUAUUGUAUCUCUAUUAUUUUUCUAAAGAGUUAUAUUCAGUGGUAAAUGCUCUUAUUUUCUACAAUCUGAGGUUCAAUUGUACAAUGAUGCGGUUACUGGGUAUCUUACCUCAGUAACUCCGGCAAGAUUAUGACCAACGUGACACAACUUUGAUACAGCCACAGAGUAUGGUCAUUUAGUAGUAACCACCUGAAAGACCAGGCAAUAUUUAAAACCGGAGAAUGCAUGCAAACACCAACAUUGAUGCAUCUACAUCGAUUUACAGCAAUAUCAUGUUUUCCCGCACUUGCCUAACUUUAGAUUUCACCCAGCGUGAACAGGCUGCCACUACAGGCAAGCAAAGCUAAAUGGAGGGUAGCAGCUCGUGCUGUAAACAGUACAUGAGGAAACGCAAUGAUUCUGUCCUCAGGAGCAAAGAUUAUCCAGCAGAAAAAACUGUCUCAACUAUGCCCCUUAUCUCUUGACAAGAGGAUUUGUUGCUCGCUAUAGGAAGAUGUUGUUAGUUAGUUUGAAUCAUUGUUGAUUU